AUGAUGGGCUGUUGCAGCAGGAGCAGGGUUGUUUGUCCAGUGCUGCUGCUAGUAGUGCUGCUUCUCCUGCUGAGCCCGUGUUCAGCUGAGCUCCACGCCGCAGCGAUACGGCCGGCCCGGCGGCUGCUGCUGGUGUCGCGGCCGUCGAGGAGCCGGCAGAAGGCCGAGCAGCAGCAGCAGCAGCAGAUGCGGGUCGGCGGCGGGAGCACGCCCUUCAAGCAGGCCGCCGCGAGCUUCGGCCGGAGGAUACCCAGAUCCGGCCGGAAUCCCAUCCAGAACAGAUGA